AUGUUACCAAGCGUUGCUUUCACUCUUGUCACUAUGAUUAGUAGUGGUCUCGCACUUUUAAUUACAUUUAUGAUGCUAAUUAUGAUGUUCGUUUACCUUCGAUCCAAUCGAGAUAUUGCCUUUCUUCUGAUGAUUAAUACUUAUAUCGCGAUGUUUGUGUUUUCGUUUCUCGUUUUCUACGUCAAUAUCUAUGUAUUUAAAUCGGAUUUAUAUGGUUUCAGCGAUCUUGAUACGAGUCAUUUAAAUACAUGUCUUCUUCAAGGUUUCCUAAUUUACGUGGCAUUUGCUUGUUGCUACAUGAGUUUUGUUCUCCAAGCAUUCUACCGAUUUACAAGAGUGGUUUAUCCCAAACAACGAAUUUUUCAAUCGUUUUUAUUUUAUAUCGUAUGCAUAUUACUUCAAUGGAUCAUGUGUUCUACUCUUCUCUUGCCACCGUACCUUUGGCCAACUCCGAUAUAUGGAUUAUACAAAAACGACUAUUACUGUGGCAUGCUCUACCGAUAUAUCGGUGCCUUGACUUAUUCAGGAGCAGUAAUGUAUAUUUCUCCGGUUAUCUUCUUAACCCUUAUUUAUGCUCGUCUCAUGCUUUUCAUUCGUCACCAAACAUCGAACUCGCUGCACAUUCAACAAAUGAGAAGAGCGCAACGCGAUUUUACCGUCAUUCGACGCAUCAUAUUUAUUGUCAAUACCCUCACUCUACCUGGCAUACCUAAUUGUACUUUCACUCUAAUGACAAGUAUUGAUCCAAGUAUCUCCGGCUUCUACUACAUGUAUCGCAUACAAUGGCUGCUGCCUGCUGUUGGUGUGUUCAUAUUUAGUAUAGCUUUGGUGAUCAUCACACCUCAAUUGAAAUCAUGCUUCCUCGACACAAUGCAUUACAAUCACAAUCAAGUGCUACCCGUGGAACCCGGCACCACAAAUCAGUUAGGACAAAGUCGAUUUUAG